AUUUUUUCAGGAGAGAGCUUCAGAGGAGAGCGUAACGUAGUUUUGUCAUCACUUCAGAGAUACCAUACUGUUAUGGAUUUUGUGAAUCGAAGCCACUGCUGACGUAGUAAAUCUUUGACUUGACGGAAGUGAGUACGGUACGUGCCAGAAUAACAUCAUCGCCAAUUCGGUAAUCUUCAUCUUUAUCAUUAUUUAGCAAGUUCUUAUAUGAGGAUCUUUUUCGGUACAUCUCAACCGCCAUUAUCAGAGGAAGAGGAAACUGACUGAAACAAUGAUGAACAACAACAAUCAUUUAGUCAACCUGAAUCCACAUCUGAAGAAAUAUGAUGAAGACACUCUGUUUCAUAUUGGAUUCUCAUCAGCACAGGAUAAUCUACCAGAGAUGUUUGGUGAUGUCAAGUUUGUAUGUAUGGGAGGCACUGCUGGUAGGAUGAGGAAGUACUCUGAAGCCUUUUCCCGUGAGCUGGAGGUAGAAUGGACAGAUUACACAAAAGGCGAGAGAUAUGGUAUCUUUAAAGCUGGCCCUAUCCUCUGUAUAAGUCAUGGAAUAGGAAAGCCUUCAGCAUCAAUUGUCCUCCAUGAAGUCAUCAAGUUAGUGAAUUAUGCUGGCUGCCAAGACGUAGUCUUUAUACGCAUGGGGACAUGUGGAGGAAUCAACUGCGAAGCAGGAACUGUCGUUGUCACUAAUAAAGCUCUAGAUGAAAUGCUUAAACCUGAAUAUAACUUGCAUGUUUUAGGUAAGCUGAUCACCCGCCCCACCCAGCUGAGCCAAGAAUUAGCAGAGGAUAUUAUAUCAUGUAAGCCAUCCAGCAAUAACUUUGACAUUAUCAGAGGGAAUACAUUGUGUACAUCUGAUUUCUUUGAAGGUCAAGCACGUCUAGACGGAGCAUUCUGCCACUAUGAAGAGGAAGAUAAGAUGGAAUACUUGAAGAAAGUCAGAGAUGCUGGAGUAAGAAACAUUGAAAUGGAGUCAGCGGUGGUUGCUGGUCUGUGUAAUGCUGCACAAAUUAAAGCUGCUGUGGUUUGCGUAACUCUGUUGGACCGCCUGAAGACAGACCAGAUAACACUCACGCACGAUCAGCUUUCAAAGUACGAGAAACGACCGAUGGAUGUUAUUCUUGCUUAUGUCAGUAAGAAAUUAGGAAAGGGCAGAAAAUUAUAAUCACAAAUAUCUAUUAUAAGAUUUUUGUAAAUAAAGGGACAUAGGGAUAGAGCUUUGCUGUUAGGAUUUUACUCAGCUUGUAGAAAGAUUUAGUUUAUCUUCUGCUGACUAGUAAUUACAUAGAGGAAAUAUUUUUGUAAUAUGCGCUUGUCGUAUAUGAAUAGUGGUUUAGUUUGUGGAAUAAGAACAUCAGCAUUAUUGUAUUCUCUGGUUAAAAGACCUUGUGCAUUGUUGUAUUUGAAUACAUAUUUAUAAGACGUUUUCUAGCAUCAGGUAAAAACCUGUCAUAGUUGUAUUCUACAAUGUGCUGCUAAUUGAUAGCUCGAUUUUUAUCACAUUCUUAUGUGCCAAUUUUUGUAAAAAUUAGUAUGUAUUGUCAUAAUCAAUUCCACACAAAAAUAAGAUUCUGAUGUCAUAGAUUUGCUGUAGAUGUUUUUUACUGUAAAAAAUAUACACCUAAUAUAUUGGCCAAAGAAAUAUUGAUCAGGUAUUCACUUUAUAAAGAAAUGCAGCUUCCGCACUAAAUGGCUUAUCCUCAUGAGAUAACUUUACAUCAUUCCAAGUCAUCUUCCUUAUCAUCAUUGACACAUGCAGAGUUUGUAUUGUUAUAUGAUACAGCUGAUUUGUGUUUUCUUUUAAACAGUGCCAUAUAUUUCCUAUCACAAUAUACAUGUGCAUGCGGUAUGUGUAGAUUGUGCUUCAUUCUUCAAAAUCGUUAUUGCAUAUAUUACCUUUUCCUUCAGUUCCUUUUCCAUAAAAACAUUUAUCAUUAAUAUAAGCUUCAGAGCUUAAAAUUAUACAAAUAUUUCAUGCUCGGACCGUUCAGCAUAACAAAAUAUAUGAACCAACAAAUUCAGAAUUUCCCUUGUGCAUGUAUAUUUUACCAACCAAAAUUAAAGGCUGAGGUAAAAUGAGAAGAGACAUUCCAAAUUUUGAGGAUGAUAUAUACGCUCAAAUAAGAUGAAUUUAGGGUACCAGUAUUUACCUCUGCAUGUCAUUCUUCCGCUCAACUACUUCAUGGAUAAAACAGCAUUCAACAAUAGGUAUAGAGUAUACUCUUUUUUUUUUAAUUGGUGCUGUUAUUCAAGGAACAUUGCAUGUCAGUACAAUAUAACAUAAUAAAGUUAAUGUCAUGCAACUACAGUACAUAGAUACUCACUUAUGAGUACCCAGUAUCAUAUGUAUUAGUCACUCAUAAUGUCAUUUGAUGAUAAAGUGGUCAAUAGUGGACAAUUAGGAAGUGCCUAUCACUCUACAUACCAUGUUGACAUUUAUCACGGCGAUAAAUAAAAGAAAUUUAUCAGAAGAUGACAACAAAAAUAUUUUGAAAGACAUGCAAAAGGAAGCACAAUUUUUUUUUCUUCCAAAAAUUGUGAAACUUGACUGAAAUAGAAAUAAAAAAAUUGAUAUUACAUUCACCAAAAUGAACAGAACUUUUUUGGUGAUUCAUUUUAAAAUGCCAGUGUAUCUAAUUCUCUAAUUACUACUUUAAUUUUAUGUUUAGUUACUGUCAUUGAUUACAACCAAGUCAGUAGCGAGAAUGACAUCUCAAAGCUCUUUGUAUUCAGUUGAAAAUGCUCUAUAUGAAUUGAGAUUCUUUAUUAUUAAUUCCCCUUAUUGCUUAGUAGACAAUGCAUGAGUUAAGCGUACGUUUAUUCUUUAUUUUUGUUGAUAUCUAUUAUAUAGAAUUUACUGAAAUAUUUAUACAAAUGUAUUGAAAUAGACAACAUGCAAAUUCAUUCCAUUUAAUUUAUACCUAUUAAAAAUUUGAUUUCAAAGUGUUCUCAAUUCCAGAGUGACAGCUGCAUGUAAUUAUUUUGUGUGACGUCAUCUAAUACCAACAUGUAUCUAAUCAAGCUAUUUUGAUCUUCCUAGCUUCCAUGGUAUUAGCUGCCUGUGCUAUGUAACUGUAUAAACCAUGAAAAUAUUGAUAUGGGUAUUUCCACUUCAAACCAGUGUGCAUUGUGUCCAGUAUGUGUUCUUAACUGAUGUGCUCCAAGCCUAGGCUUCAAGCAUUAUUUUUCCAAUAAGCAGCUAUCAUGAAGUCUUAAAUUUGUUUUUGUUUCAUUAUUUUCAGUGUGCAGUAGUUUUGAGUUGAUAUUUUAUAUAGAAAUUUUGAUAAUGAAUUUCUCUGUUAUCGUUCAUUUUAUUGAUACUUUUGACAUACUUUGGUAUUAGUAGUUACUUUUCAUUUGUAUUAUAUGCUUACAGUGAUUAUUCCUUUUAUAUUUCAAUUCUCAUUAAUCUGAGUUGAUUAAGUUAGAAUAUUUUAAGUGACCCUUGUUUUGAUAAGUGUAAAAAGCUAUCAUUUCAAUAUAUUAUUGAAUGAUCUAUUAUGUAUAUAUCAUAUUGAAUUAUGAAGACAAUCUGAAACCUUUUCUGCUGAAAUUCUAUAUUUGUUUCAUUCCGUGUUAUGUAAUGCUGGAGAGACUUGGUUAGUCAUUCAAUUCUUCAGGUGUAAUUUUAAGUUAAUUAUAUUUUUUAUACCCAUAUCCUUAAGCAGAAUUCCAUACUUAGCCUCUUCUUGUGAAAACAAUGUAUAGAGUUAGGCUGAUAUAACCUUACUGCACAAUUCUUCAAAUUAUUAUUUGAAGAGGACCUCACUUUUUGUACCAUAUAUAAAGCUUGCAACUUCAACUGGAAACAAUGUAUGGAAGUAUUUGUUGAUGUGACAUUGAGGUUUUGUUGUUAAGUAUGCAUACAACUAGAUUUUGUUUAUGUACCUGUACAUCCCAUCUGCAGUUUGUUCUACAUCAUUUUCAACUUAACUGUAUAGAGGUGUGGUGGCUCAGUGGUAUAGCUAGAGCAGUGGUCUUUUGGCCAAAGGGUCCUGGGUUCAAACCAAGUCGUUGAGCGAGAGGCCUCUGUAAAGGCAUAUAAUCCUCCAUUUAUACCAAGUCCCUUGGAUAGGAAGUAAUACUGUAGUUCCACUGGUUGUUUAUAUACAUCUUAUCAGCAUAUAUUUGCUUUCUCAGUAUUCAGGUAAAAAAAAUAGAUUAUAGAUUAUAAUCAUUAUAAUCUUCCUUCUUUCUCAGGUUAUUAGAUGUCACUCUGUCUCUUCUGUUAUAGAUUUGUAUUCCCAAUCAGUUUUUAUUAUACAUAGUGUCUUGAUUUAUUGGCGGUAGGGGAGGGAAAAAAAGUAUAAACUAUUUAAAUUUUAGUUAUCGUAUUCAGACAUUGAUCUGCAACUUCCAUUCGUUUCAGGAAGUUUUAAUUUGAGAGAGCACUGUAGCAUGUUAUUUUGACAUUCCUGAGUUUGUAACUGAUUCAGUCAUUCUUGCAUUGCUUGUCUCAAAUCUACCAUAUUUACUCCUAGAUAUAAACGUUUGCUGUAACAUAUUUAUUUUGUGACGUAUUGUACCUGUGAAUUAGUAUAUUUAUACACAUAAUCAUGGAGUGCCAAUGCUGUUUUAAUCUCUGAGUUUAAGAAGUUAUAAUAUUGAGAUAAAGAGAUGUUAUUGCUAACAUGAUGGUAAAAUAAAGUGUUUUAUGCUUUUUGUUUGAGAAUAUCCCAUUAAAACCCUAAGCUUGAUGCUAUGA